CCAUUGUGGUUCAAGCUGCCUUUGCGCAAGGGGGGACCGUUGCGCCGACGGCCGCGUUUCUGUGUAUUGUGCCGAACACCUGAAAACAACAUGGCGUCUCGCUUUGCCAUGGCCGCGCUGCUGUCACUGGUGAUCUCAGGGUGGGCCACCGGGAUUCAAAUCGAGUCCGCCGUCGACGAGGGCUCCGAGGACCAACGCACGAAGGAAGGCACCUGGGUGCAUCCGCUGCAAGGGAGGGUUUCAAACCCGAGAAGUAUCGUCACUAUCAAAGAUGCGCCGCAGCCGUUGACGCCGUUCGGCGAGGCCAGCCUGAAGGCGGCCUCCCAGAAAGCGCGAAAGGCACUGCUGUCGUUGAGCACAGAUGAGAAGAAACAGCACAUGUACGACGCCGCUCACUCGUACAUCCAGGGCGGCCCUCCGCAGAACAAGUUCGGCGAUACAUUCGACAUCCCACUGAAGUCGCAGGUCUGA